AUGAAGCAGGAAAAGAGUCAAUGCAAGGAGUUCCUGGAGAAUAUCAGUGUUCUGAAAUGGUUAUGGAGCUUCCUCCUGUUAGGUCCGGCUUGUAUUGGAUUGAUGGUGUACCUUCUGAUGACCUCUCUGUGGCCGCUGCCUGCUCUCUACUUCAUAUGGCAGUUGAAGGACUGGCACACACCUGAAAGAGGGGGCAGGAGAAGUGCCUUUGUGAGAAACUGGAAAGUGUGGAAGCACGUUAGGGACUACUUCCCGAUGAAGUUAGUGAAGACAGCGGAGUUGAACCCAAACAAGAACUACAUCUUAGGGUGUCAUCCUCACGGGGUGUUCAGUAUCGGAGCCUUUGCCUCUUUCAGCACUGAGGCCUGUGGCUUUAUGGACCUCUUUCCUGGGCUGUGCUCCUGCCUCUGCACCCUGGGUGGCCUCUUCAAGAUCCCCCUCUUCAGGGAAUAUCUCAUGGCCACAGGUUGUUGUCCAGUCAGCAAGCCCAGUCUCGAGCACCUUCUGUCUAAAAGUGGGAAAGGCAAUGCGGUGGUGAUUGUGAUAGGGGGCGCUGCUGAGUCCCUGCUGAGCCUGCCUGGGGUCAACACUGUGGUCAUGAAACAGAGGAAAGGCUUCGUCCGGGUGGCCCUGGAGUUUGGGGCUGACCUGGUGCCCGUCUACUCGUAUGGGGAGAACGAUAUGUUCCGCCAGGUAAUCUUCUCAGAGGGGAGUGUGGGCUGGAGAUUACAGCAACUCUUUAAGAAGAUUAUGAGUUUUUCCCCCUGUCUGUUUGUGGGUGAACGCUGGUUCUGGAUGCCUUACCACUGCCCGGUCACCACUGUGGUGGGUAGUCCUAUCCCAGUGCCAAAGAGGCCUUCUCCCACCCAGGAGGAGGUGGACCACUUUCACGGCCUCUACAUGGAGGCCCUGGCCAAGCUCUUCAACGAACACAAGGCCAGCUGUGGACUCUCGAACAGCCACGAGCUGCGGAUCGUAUAG